AUGCAUCUGAUGCCCUUCAACUUCUACCUAGAUGGUGGAGGUCAUAGGCUCAAGUGCUUCAAAGGAGUUUUGGGGAAAAUACGAAGUGCAAUUGGAAGUGCUCAACUCCUAAUGUCCCAGAAGUUCCAACAAUUCAGCGGACUAUGUGAAGAAAACAUGAAUCCAAAUGCUUGUCCUCGAUUAACCUCCCAAGACUUGGCAGGAUUUUGGGACAUGUUGCAGUUGUCUAUUGAAAAUGUCAGCAUGAAAUUUGAUGAGCUGCAUCAACUGAAGGCAAACAAUUGGAAACAGGUGGAACUUCCUGAAAAGAAGAAAAGAAUACCUCCUCCUGUGCCAAAGAAACCGCCAAAGGGUCAAGUGCCCCUCAAACGUGAAAAAUCACUGGAAGCCACAGAGAAACAAAGGCAGGAGGCACGGAAACGCCUGAUGGCUGCCAAGCGAGCUGCAUCUGUGAGACAGAACUCUGCCACAGAAAGUGCAGACAGCAUUGAAAUUUAUAUCCCAGAGGCCCAGACCAGACUAUAA